AUGGAAUUAUCUACAAUCGCGGGGAGGCCUUCUUACGUAUAUCUCGGACGUUCGAUGAACAUGGAGAACGAUCUGAAAGAAGAUCUAACAAGAGGCGAAGAGCAGCUUGGGGCCGCCUUCGACCCUAAAUUCAGAUAUGAGAUCAACGUCCCGUCUCGCGAUACAGCGGUCUACGUCUCUAAGGCUAAACAUCGAUUGGCUGGUCAAAUAAUGAGAAGAGCAGACGACAGAUGGACACUAACAACUCUGGAAUGGAUCCCUUGUGAAGCAAAACGUUCUCGAGGGGCCACCGACCAGAUGGGCUGA